AGGCGGCGGUAAAGAGACGGUUCCCUGUACAGACAGAGCUUGGCUUGGAUGAUUUGCAUAGUCGCGUUUGCAUUGAGGGCGGGGGAGAAGCCGCGAUGUUUCUGCAGGGUAGCUCCUGGUCUCCAACAUGGCUGGCAGUAAGUUUGUGCCGGAGGGGCGAGCGAGUGUUUGCAGCUUUGUCCUGGGUCUCUGUGCGGUCUGCAUCCCGCUGCUGUCGGCUGCCGGGUCAGACGCUGAAUGGGUUCAGACCCUGCUCGGCGGAAUACGCAGUAAAGCAGCAGUCGCUGUGUAUGUCGCGUCGGUCAAUGGACUGUUGCUGGUCUUCUACAAGGGACCUGUCUACCAGGUUGCAGUGCGAGCCUGCUUCUUGGGGUUUGCCUUUGGCUGUGGCCUGCUUGUGAGCUUCAGCCAGACAUCAUGGGGACCCUUUGGCUGGUACAUGUGCUCGCUGUCUUUCUUUCACUACUCGGAGUACCUGGUGACGGCCGUCAUCAACCCGCGCAGCCUCUCCCUCGACUCCUUCCUGCUCAACCACAGCCUGGAGUACAAAGUGGCAGCGGUGUCGUCCUGGGUGGAGUUCACUGUGGAGAAACUGCUCUUCCCAGAGCUGAAGCCUCUUCCCUGGCUCAGUGCUCUGGGGCUGCUCAUGGUGCUGAUCGGGGAGUGCCUGCGGAAGUCUGCCAUGCUCACCGCCGGCUCCAACUUCAACCACAUCGUCCAGAACGAGAAGGCGCAGAGCCACGUGCUGGUGACCGCCGGAGUCUACUCCUGGUUCAGGCACCCCUCCUACGUGGGCUGGUUCUACUGGAGCAUCGGCACGCAGGUGCUGCUGUGUAACCCGGUGUGCCUGCUGGGAUACACCCUGGCCUCCUGGAGGUUCUUCCGGGAGCGCAUCGAGGAAGAGGAGAUCACGCUCAUCCACUUCUUCGGAGAGGACUAUCUGGAGUACAAGCACAAGGUCCCCACGGGCCUGCCCUUCAUCACAGGGAUCAAGAUGGAGCCCUAAGCACCCACACACACACCCCCUACCUCCCAAUCACCCCACCCCACCCCUGCAUCCUAAACAAACAGCCCCCAUCACCUUCACUCCCCUGGGGAAGCACACCUCACCGAAGGGACUCGAGCUAGCGGAGCGCUAGACACACAGGGGCGCGCUUCUGAAAUGCACAGUGAAUUUCAUUUGAAGGGGCUGGGGAAGGCAGUGACUGGAAGGCUUGGUGAACUCCUCAGGGAAGGUUCAGUUAAACCCCUUUUGCCCCUGGGAUCCCCUGUUCCUGAAGGCUGCAGAGUGUCCCUUUACUUUAGCACAGAGCUCUGUCACCAGCUGGAGCUCGGCUUGGUGCGGCUGCAGGCUUGCUUUGCCGGUUAUUGUUUUUAUUGUUGCUUGGUUUCUGGACAGGGAACUGUCUCGAACCGCAGGUCAAGGGGGUUAACGAUUUGGGGAAUGAAUCUACAAGGGCUCUGUGGAGUUGAGAGGCGGCGUUUGAAUCCUGGUCUUUUUAAAUGCCCACCGCUCUGCGUUGAGUACCGUGUUGUGUUUUGAGAAAGCCCAAAGCUUGCUUGCAGAAUGUUCCACCCAACAGACAGACACCGAGACAGGGUGUAUUUCUUAUAGC